AUGGCUCCACGGAGACCUAAACCCAAAGUAGACAACUGUACGUACGUGCAGCAGUUGUUUAAAAAUUUCUUAAACCAGAACCAAUCCAAGAAAGUACCCGAAGUUCUCCCAAAAUCUAUAGCACGACCGGUACAGCGAUUUCCGAUUGGCAAAAACAGUGACCGAGACAGUCUGUUUCGGCAAGGUGUGAAACGAAACCUUCUAAAAGUUCAAAACGAUGCCGAACAACCCAAUACGGUGAAGGAAUUUUUCGCACAGGGUGCGAAUAAACCUCAUCCGGAGGUCAAUCCAACCGUUGCGAACCAGCCAGUUCAUGCGCGGUUUAAACGUCAUGAGGGAUCCGAUAAGUUUGUGAAGUGCCAGCUAAGUCCUAAUGCACCCCCACGUGGCCUGGCGCAGUGGCUUAGUUUCCGCAAAAAGACUUCAAAUGAGCAGAAAAUGACUGAGCAGCAGAACAAACCGAAUAAGAAGAUUGGUGAAUACUUGGAACUUCCGGGAACCUUUUUUUCCGGAAGAGAACCAAUGACGCUUCCCUUCGAGGCACCCAAAAAUGGGAAUAAAACGCUGAUGAGCGUUGGUUCAACAUUCAUUCCCCCAGCCACCUCGACACCAUUCGACGGAAAUCCAAUCGUUUGCUCUCCGAUCAUUUUGGAUCCAGUGGAGCUAACGCGUAAAAAAGUUAUCAAUCUACUGCCAGCAAAUGACAGUGAAUGCUUUCUGCAAAGGGUCGGAACGAUGCUUGAUCAAUGGUGUGCUUCAAUCUCCGAUAGCAAAAGCUCUCCUCUGGACCGAAACUACUGCACAUUGAAAGAACAUUGGAGACUACAAUCGAAAAACAUGCCAUCUGAAACUACAGAACCAACUUUUCCAGCAAGUCUUGUCGAGCGCAGCAGUUGGAAGGAUCAUUCAAUGCUAAGCAAUCAGAUGCAUCAUCAGUAUCGGAAGCAAAAUCAUUCGCCAUCACUGUUUAGCAUUGUUCCUCGAGAAAAUACUAGUGUGGUUAAUCUAAACGAUACAUCAGCUUUCAUCGAAGUUCAACUAGGCUGCGAUCGUAUGUCUAGACCAUUCCCUGAGCACGACACGACCUAUCAUUCGUUUCAGACACUAUUACCACGAUCCAAUAAACGAAAGAUUGUCGAUUCUCUGCUGACUGCAUCACCACCAUCGCCAAUCAGUAACGUAAAGCAGAUUUUAAACGAAGAUAUUUCGUUUGGAAGUCCAUCGAAGCCGAAAUCCAGCCAUGAAACAUUCCAGUUUGAAUUUGAUUUUACGCAGCCGAGCCAUUCAUUUGACGAUAUCUUCAGCUUCGAUGAACCACGAAGGAAUGAUUCCUUUUGCUUCUUUCCUCCAAGUCCGGAUAUAGCCGAUCAUGGCUCCUCGAAUGAUACGUUAUUUAUCACUUUGGACCCCCGAGAAAACAACAAAAGUAGUAGUAAGGACAGUUUAUUCGACCUAUUUCCUUGA